AUGGAUGCUGAGAGGUUUGCUGCUUACAGCUCUUUCCUCCUGGGCAUCAGAAUCCUGAGCACCUUGGAUGGCAUGGCCAACAAGCUGAAGAUCUAUGUCAAGCCAGAUGGAGAGCAUGAGGCCAAGGUGUAUGAUACCAUCGAGUGGUGUGACCAAGAGUGGCUGGGAAGGAUGCACAGAGAUGCCAGAGCCUUCAUGGAUGUGGUGCUGCGAGACCCCCAGCUGAAGAAGCUCUUCUUUGCCUACCAGGUGAUCGAAGGGGUUGAGUUUAUGGCUGUGAUCAAUGGAAAGAUUGUGGAAAGUCCUUUGAGGUGGGUGGCACCCAGAGCAAAGCUCUGA